GGGAUUUUCUCCUGUCAAGGAGUUACACUUAAGCAGCUGUAUAAUGUACUUUAUUCAAAAUUAUCAUCAAACUACAUAUGCUGUCAGUCAGGUACCUGAACUGCAGUAGAAAUGAUGGGAAAUUUAAAAGAAAACUGAAAACAUGGCUGCUGGGAACAUUAAAGUAGUUUAAAACCUCUGCAUGGCGUUGUAAACAAGCUUCAUUUGAAUUAAUGGAGUUAUAAGUCUGUUGUGAUGGAGAUUCCCCAACUUCUUGGUUUAUUAGAUUGUUUUUGUCUAUGGUUUAUUAUUAUGUGUUAAUCCAGCAGGGUGCGCAGUUUACUUGAGUCCAUUAAUGAUGAUGUCAUCAACAUGAGUUGAACACGUUGGUAGUACCAAAUUUGUCCACUGAGCGUUACGUAAUAAAAUUACCCAAAGAACAUACAAUACACAAAUUUAAUUAAAAUCUGCAUAAGUUUGUGUCCUUAACAUGUCCCAUUUCUAAAUGUUGCCUUCACACAAAAAUGUUAUGCUUCUUUUGGAAACUUUUGAGGCCACAUACAAAUAUUAACGAGUAAAAUGACGGCAGAGGACUAGGAAUAAAAGGAUCUAUCAAUAAGUACGUGUUGAUCACAUGGUUUAGAUUUUUUUCCGAGCAAAUUAAGGUUUAUGUUCUAUAACUGCCUAUUUAUAAUAAAUGUGACUGUACCGACUUGAGAAAAAUCUGUGCAAUAUUCACAUUUUUCAUCUAAUCCCAUUUCGAAUUUUAACUAGGUUCACAAAUAAUGUUAGUGUGAGUUUAGAGUAUAGGUCUUACAUCGUUCACCUAUAAUUUGAUGGGACUUUGAACUAACAUUUAAUCCUGUACUUCUCGGGUGUACUUGGAAAACUUCGCGCGUCUAAGGAACCGAGUUUCCCAAAAUACCGAAAAUUACUUCAAAACGAACUCGGAGCUAACAGCUCGGUUCCCAGGUCGAUGUCUCCCGGUGAAAGUGACUUCACAGCCACGGAGGUUCGGAUUAGCCGGUGCUAGAAAGAGCAGCAGUCGGCGCAAGCAACGCAGAAAGCUGCCUCGACUCUUCAACACACAGGCUUUUGACAUGGGGAGUAAAAUGUCCUUUGGCAGAGGGAGCGGUGGCCAAACCACAGUGUCAGAGUUAACUUGUGAUGCACCUCUUCCCCUCAGUUUCAUUCAUGAGUCUUCAGACUGCAAACAGGUGGAUGAUCAGUGUGCUGAGGACACCCGGUUAGGAGGUGAAAUGAAAGAGAUGAGUGAGCGAACGCCUGGAUCAAACUCAUCUGGACACCCAGAGCCUGACAGUCAUGUCGGGUCUGAAACAAGCAGCAAAACAAACUGUCAACAGACUGAAGCUGUGUCAUCAAAGGGGAGGAUGAGCACAAGAUCUCAGGUGAGCGCUACCGGCACCUGGAGCUCUACCACAAAUGUUCUCAUAGACAUCCACAGAAGACGCAGAAGGCCUCGUGAAGUACAACCACCGCUGACUCAAGAAAAAACAGAUCCAGAUGCUGCUGGAGCUGAUGCUGUUCACAAUAUGGAGGUCAGCACCACAAUACCUUCUCCUUCAGGUUUGAUCAGCCAUAGCAGUGAAAAUGUGCCUAACAUUGUGGGCCGUCACUUAAUUAACCCUGCAGCUCAGAACGAGAUGUCAGGUCCUGAUGCUGUCUUCAAAGAUGAACCAGAGGAAGUUGUCCUUUUGGUGACAAAAGAAAAAAGUGCCCAGCCAAAAAGACCUAAGGUAGCAGCUAACGACACUCCAUCUGUUUCUGGUUGUACUGUUAGCAACCCUACAUGGACCUUGAGGAGCAGGGUGGAGAGAAAUCCUUCAACACAUGGCAAAAACUCCCAGAGCAGCAAUGACAUCAGGCUAAGUGAUGCGACAACUCUAGAAAUGAGUAAUGCAAUCAACAGUCACGGUAUUAUAAGGAGAGGAAGAAGAAAGAAGCUUCCUGUGAAUAAGCUGGUUCCAGAGGAAACGUUCAAGCUGGAGGAUUCCAAGGAGGUCCCGGCAGAUCUCAGCAACGAUGGAGGCUGUAGGGGCAGGGCAGAGACCUGUAAACAGUUGGAACCAAGUGCUGGAACACAUGAAUCUGAUACAGAUGGAAAAGGUGAUCAGUUUCCCCCGCAUUCUGGAGGAGAACAAGAGCAGCCGAUGAAGCUAACAGAAAAUGUGUUUCCACAAAAAGAGCUGCCUUUUGAUCCGUGUCUGAACUCGGCUGAACCUAAAGAGGCCGAAGGUUCCACAGAGAGGCAGUCGGUAGAAGAGCCUCUUCUCAAAUUUCCUGACUCUCUUACUACUCCAACUAAUCCUGACUCACAGAGAACAGAGCCCUCCAGCACUGGUUACGUAACGUCUUCUGAAGAAACCCCUCAGUCUGCUGAAAACAUUCCUGUUGUGAAAACUGAGGCCGUAGAGCUAAACCUGGAUAAUUACAUCACGUCGUCACAGUCAAAUCAUUCUAGUGCCGAGGUCACAGUUAACUCGAAUAAUUCAAACACAGAGAAAAUGGUUUUUAGGCGCAAGAAAGGCGGCAAAAGGAGGAGGAGAAUUGUCCUGAAACAGAAAGAGAAGCUUGUAGAUAAACAGGAUUUAGUCUGCGACGCUCAACAAAAGAUAGCUGAGGACAUCCCUGAAGCCAUCUAUGUGAAGAAAGGCAGUAAAACUCUGUUGAAGUGUAAUUUUUGUGGUCGGUUGUAUAAAUUUAUGUCUCAGUUUGUCGUCCAUCAGCGUAUUCAUACUGGGGAGAGGCCUUACAAGUGCUCUCAGUGUGGAAAAGGUUUUAGUAAAAAUUCAAACUUAAACCUUCAUCUUAAGGUGCAUGAGAAAAACUCGACUCUAAAAUGCCAUAUUUGUAUGAUUACGUGUACUCCCUCUGAGUUAUCCUCUCACAUGAUGAUGCAUAAUCUGGAAGAGCUUAAAAAGUCUGAGCAAGAAAGCAAACGUCCGUCUGUGAAAGUCCCCGAAACCCACCAAGAAGUUCAGAGAGUGCCCGCAACUGAAAAGAACAAAACCAAAGUGUGUCAGUAUUGUGGUAAAACGUUCACCUUCCAGUCCGCCCUUGCUAGACACGUUCGUGUCCACACAGGAGAGAAACCCUACAAAUGUGAUAUAUGUGGCAAAGCUUUUGCGCAGUCCUAUUUCCUACGUGUUCAUGAGCUGACGCACUGGUCUGUGAAACGCUACAACUGCACACGUUGUGGAAAGUCCUUCGGUCAUUAUAGCAACGCUAAAAAUCACCCGUGCAAAGCCCUGCAGGGGGUGGGUGAUUUACAGUCUGAUCAAAGCAUAAAGCCUUCACUCACGUACACAUGCCACAUCUGUAAAGAAGUGUUCAAUCAUGUGCAGGAGUUCAACAUUCACAUGAAAGCGCACACUGGUGUGAGGCUCCUUCGCUGCUUGCAUUGUGACAAGCUGUUCAGUGAAAUGUCUGAGUUUGAUGCACAUCGCGUUCGGUGCACAAAAAGCAGAACUACCUCAAGAGCUUUUAUAAAGAAAGAAGAGACGGUGUCCUUGAUUCGGUACAAAGUGCCUACGGUAAAGGGUUCACCAAAUUCAGCUCCUGGUACAGCUUUCAACAACGAUCUAAAAAAGAAAUCAUUCCAGAUCAGUCCAAAGAAACAUGCCAUUAGAGUAAAGACUCCCUUCCAGUCGACUGUCAUACCGCCGCAGCACCUCUCAUCCCUCGUGUUUAAGCUGAACCAGCUGGACAACAGGUCCGACCCCAGGAAGUAUCUGUGUCCAAACUGUGGGCGGCAGUUUAGACACAUGGGCAGGCUCCGAGCCCACAUGCUGACGCACGCCCCAGCCCAAAGUUACACUUGUGCCUGUUGUGGGAAGAUUCUAGGAAGUUGGAACAAACUGUGGUGUCACCAGAGAGUCCACCGCCAGCGAAGCGGUCGCUUUAUGUGUCCACAUUGUGGGCGAGGGUUUCGGUUUGUCGGAACUUACAAAAAACACAUGAAAGAGCAUUCGGAGUUCCACUGGAUCAAGGGUCGGACCAGGAGAGUGUGUGAUCCUUAUCAGUGUGAGCAGUGCACAUGCAGCUUCAAGACUCUCGACUUACUGUUCAAACAUCAGCACUGCCACGUCUCAGCGCAGACCCUACACAAGAAUCCAGAUGUUGAAUUACUCGUGGAUGAUCACAGUGUUGGUUCCCAAUCAAACAACACGCCCAGUCUCUCCAGCAACAAAAAUCUUACCAGCCCUUCGCACAAAUACCUAGACCCAGUUUCUCACAAGUCACCUCUAGUGCCCAAAGCUCUCUCUGCUUCUAGUCGAGAUCAAAAUGCGAACGCUAACCCUAAUUCACUCCAGGAAGGAGAGAUCAGUCAAGACAGAGUUAGAGAAAUCACACCUGGAAAACCCACUAAUCCCAGAGCGCUCACGGCUAAAAACACCAGCAAAUCAAAUGAAGCGGCUCUGGAUGCGUUUCACUGUGCCGUGUGUUCAAAUGUGUUUCUCACCAUUUCAGACCUGUUUCACCAUUACCUGGAGCACGCUAGAGGCCAAGUGUAGGAUACGUACGUGGAAAUCCAGAACCUUGGAAGUACGAGUGAUUAUGUGUAAACACACAGGGAAACUCCGAUUAGUGGCAACAUAAAGAUGGUUAAAACCCACUUAACUAGUUUCUUUGCAUAAAUCCUGAUGUUACAACCAAUGAACAGAAGGUCAAGGACGCAAACUGAUUGUGCCAAAAGAAGCUAAAUUUAAUUAUCACACAAUCUCGGAUAUGUUAACUCUGAAGUGCAUUGAUUACUAACCAAAAGGUAGCACCGGAAUUAUGUAACGGGCUCUUUAAUAAGAAAUUGUAUCAUUUUUAUUUGUUAAUGAGAAUCUGAUGAUCCACAGAAACCUAUUUCCUGAAGUAUUUACAUUAGUUUAAAAAAGUAUUUUGUAUCAAGUCUGGAGCAGAAUAACCAACGAGUGGACUUGAAUGUAACGUGUCUAAUGGAAUCUGGAUAAAGUUGAGAGGAAAUGUCUAAUCUUACAGGUUAUUUUCUUCCCCGGGGUCAAAAAGCUUUUCAGUGAACGGUAAAUGGUUUCAUUUUUGUAUCAACAUUUUGUUAUUUCAUGAGUGAUUAUCGGCUUUAUGUGUGAUUAUUGUGGAUGGUUAUUUGAAAUGUCUGGAAAUACCUUUAAACAUUCCACUUCUGUCAUAUCAAAGCAGCAUUUUUUCAGAAACCAUGUCUGCCACUGCUGUUUACAGGAAAAAGAAUAAAUGGAUCCAUGUUCUGUGAUCGUGGAGACUCUGGAAUGAUGAAAACUGAUGCAACAGCUGUUGCCUGAUGACCACAUUGUUAUGUUGUAUAUAAAAUAAUGCUCUAGUUUGUCUUAAAAACAAUAAAGCUCCUUUUCUGCUUAAAACUUU